CAGAAAUGCAGCCAGUUCUUUUGGGGCCUCCCCUGUCUGCACAGCGAGUCCCUGGUGGCUGCUGUCAGGGUCUCUGGCCCCCCAUUAGAGUUUCCCUCUAUUUCAUUCAAUGGACUCUCUAACUCCUUUACGGGACAAAUUCAGACUAAGCUACCUCUACAACUCUUUCUGCCCCAGCCCUGGCCCCACCACAUGGCCGCACCCCAGCCCCAGCCCCCACCUCUGGCUGGGAUCCAUCCCCACGCCUGUCUCCCACCCUCUCGCUCAACCCCGCCAUACUAUUCGCCUCAGAUAACUUUCUGUGGAGUGGCUUGCCCAACAGCCUAUAUGGAGGCCCAGUUUCCUAUCCCAACUGCUGUUCAACAACUAGAAUGUCACCUUCUGAAGAAGCAAGAAGAAAGCAGGAGGGCCUUACCCACUAUAGUGAAAAAAUCUCAGGAAGUCUUUAGCCAGCUCACUCCCGACAGCUGGGCCUCCCAGACCCACAAGUCAGUCUCCAGCGGCCCAGGAGAUAUUAUCAACCUUGAGCUCUGGGAGCAACAUCGACGAACAAGCUUCACACAACACCAGGGCACACUGCCCUCCGGGAACCAGCCGUCUCUGGGCAGGGUGCAGCCUCAGGGCAAAUUUCCAGGGGCAGGUCGGGCAAAGGAGGAGCAAGGGUCCUCCCAGCCCUCAGCCUUUGCAGGUGGAAGCAGCCAGGAUAUACAGGACAUGGAGUCCCAGGGCCCAGAAGUAUUUCAGAUAAGGAAGUCCCCAAGCCUGGAUCUGGGGUACUGUCCGGGGAGUGAUUCAGAUCUAUUUUUGAAUUCAGACAGCUCCUUAGUGGUGCUCCCAGGGGCCAGCUCUGAGGAGGAGGCAGAAAGCGACUGGAUGAAGGCCUCAAGUGACACAAGAAAUGACUUACCAGGGAGCCCAGACACGGAGCAUGGACAAGACAUCCUGAAAGUCCACUUGAGCAGGAAGUUGGGGCAGAUUAAGGAAGGCAGGAUCCCUGUAAGCGUUCGUCAUUCCAGGCUUGCUACUGACCAAGCCUUGGCCCCUUCUGAAAACUCAAACCCACACAAAGAAACUAGAACUCUCACAUCUUCAGAGGGUUGGGAAUCCUACAAAGACACCUCACAGGAACUUCUCCCUGAUCCAGGCAAUAAGCAUGUGCUAGAAGCACAUGUUAGAAGGUUGUGGGUGAGGCACAGGUGGGGCCUACUCCUCAAGAUCCUCAAGAUGAAAAAUCUCUUUAUGUUGAGAAAGGCUCAACCUCCACCCCUUCCACUCUCCACCUUUCCCUCCUGGGCCACCUGUGAAUUUGGGGACAACUCCACAGCUGAGUUUGUCAAUUUCCUGGGAGAAGAUCCUUGGGCUGAGGAGACCAAGGAGCCAGUGGAGGCUGAGGAAGAGAAGCCCCCUGCUUGGAAAGCCACCUUGGGAGCCAGUGUGAGGACAGACUCUCACACCUUUAAUCUCGACCUGAGCUCAGGGUCUCUGAGGAACAGCAAAAGCUCCCAACCCUCUAUAAUUUCUGUCACCCAAGACCCAGAAGAGCUAUGCCUUAAUGCAACAAUUGUCAGUGAGUGUGAGCUUGCAGUGGAGGUGGAGCCAGAGAAGCAGCCUCAAGGCCCUGCCCCAGAUGUCCUCCUCCAAGACCGCACCACUGGUGUCAUACUUGAAGACUGUGACCCUGACAUUCUCCAGGCUGCAGACAUGUGGGCUUUUCAGACCACUGUGUCCAGCUCCCACAGCAAGUCCAGUGCUGGCACCCGGGGGCCAUGUGAGAGUCAGAGCAAGCAGUCUGGCCCUACUGACAAGAGGGAGCGCUGUCAGAGGCCCAAACCAGGGGGGCACAAACAAAGGUCUGCAAGACCAAGGACCUCCCAAACCAGUGGUAUAAGCCAGCCUUCCCAGGAUAGGGUAUUAGCAGAGUCACUAAGAACAAAGUCAUCCCAGCUCCUGCCAAAUGAAGGACAGGCUCCUACAGGGAGCCGCUUUGGGAACAAGACGAGGCAGUUUCUGCAGUGGAUUUUCCCCAAGAAAAACACAGGGCAGGAAGAGCCCCGGCAAAACUGCAAGCCUGCAUCAGCCACUGUCCAGUGCUCGGGACCAGUCACAGGCAGAUCAUUUAUGGACACCAAAACGGAUGAAGUGCAGGAGCUUGUGACCAAUGUCGGACAGAUCCUAGAGGAGGAAAUUGGACCUAACCAUGAACUUCUUCCCUCAAAAGGAAAUUGGUACAAAGAAGAACUCCAGGCCACAGGGGGUGGGCAUUGCAGCUACCACAGAGGUCCCUCCCACCCAGAGCAAAGGAGGGUGAUGAGUGAUCCUGCCUGCAGUCACCAAGCCACCCCCAUGGGCCGUAGCUCUUCUGUUAAGAACAGGUGUGUACAAGACAAGAACAACAACCAGGGCCCCCCAGCCAGGCCCUGCCAGCAUCAGCCAAGGGUGGCAAGAGCCUCCAGCCACCCUGUCCACUGCCCCAGGCACUGUUGUCUACGUAGAGGUGUCUUGCCUGGUCAACCAGAUCAUACUUCUCCCACCUUUCCUGGUCAGCAAACUUUUUUCUCAGAAGUCCAGUUCAGGCAGAGAAAAUGAGUUCUGUCCUAUGUCAGCACAUCCCCAAUAUGCUAAUGGCUUCCUUCUACUGAGAUGUGUAAC